AUGUCCACAACCAUCCCCUUGGACAGACUCCAGGUCGCCAUUGCAGAGGUUGUCAUCUUCUCAAUUAUCCAGGUCGUUCAAUUCGCCACGAGAUAUAUCCAGGAAUGGCGAUACUGGCACCAUGGCAUGCGGAAGUCCCUGCCUCGUUGUUUCUUUUAUUCCUGGUGCGGGCUGUUGGGUGUCCUGGCACAACUUCGAAUCGCUGGCUCGGCAAUGGUGAUAUCAAAUCCCCAUCCGGAAAAGUCGUUGUUGGUCUCUGAAUAUAUCCUGCAAGGCAUUGGUCUCUCCCCCCUGUUGUUUGAGGUGAGCUUGGUCCUUCUGCGAAGUGGUCAAUCCGGUCGUACCGGUCCUGGAAACUCGAGAUAUCCCAAGAAGAUACGCUUCGCUCUCCAUUUCUUCCGGUUUCCCGUCUUUAUAUCCAUCGUCCUGGUGCUGGUGGGUGCAGCCGCAGAUAUAUAUGCCUGCUUGGUUGUGGGAUCCGUGGUGCUGGUCAUUACAUUUGCGUAUGGCUGCGCACUAGCAGGGUGGUUGGCCGUCCAGUAUCGUGCCGUGCUCCCUGUGAGUGGCCGUCGCAGUGUAGUGUUGGUGCUGGUGGCGUUGCCAUUCCUGGUCAUUCGGGUCGCCUAUUUUCUGCUGGCGGAAUUUGGUCCACGGAAGUUUGACCCCGCAGUUGGGGAUACUAGUGUCAUGGUUGGAAUGGGGCUGUUGAUGGAGAUUCUCAUUAUAGUGUGUUUGCUGACAGCGAGGGCCAUGGCAGAGCCGUUUUGGUCGGUGCCAGCUCAGAUGGAGUUGACGGCAUGA